AUGGCGAUAUUUCAACAGGUUCUGGACCAUUUGGACUUCACCAAGAUACCACCCUUUGCCUUAUCCAUUUGCCAGCAGAGGGAAAGACAGGAAGGCCGAACGCCGACAUGCACUAGCUGUACUGUUUUGCCUGAGCGGCUCUUCGGUUCGAAUAACAUUCUCUUUCCGCUAGAAUUCAAUACGGCCGAGAAGUGGAUCUUGAAAAUUCCCAUGAAUGGAUAUCCGGGCCGCUUCAACGAUAUGCAUGCCCGUGUCUUAACCGCUGAAGCCUCGACAAUGCAGUUUUUGAGGCGAGAAACGACCACUCCUACCCCAACGGUCUUCUCAUUCUCAGCUUCCCUAGUUAAUGAUCUGCGUUGUCCCUACAUAUUGAUGGAGUAUAUCGAUGGCAAGUCGACCAGCCAUGUUUGGUUCAACGAAGAACUAGAUGAUGCCACUCUGGAGCGUCAUCGGAUACAUGUUUUACAGGACCUGUCCAAGAUUAUGCUGCAGCUCAAUAAAUUUACCUUUUCCGAGGCCGGUUCGCCAAUCUUCGAUGACGGCAACAAUCCCAUCGGCGUGGGCCCCUUGAGAGUCAUGGAUAUGCCAGCAAUGCUGGAGGAACUAAGAACGAAUGACGUAUGGGACAGAGUCAUCCAAUCGGAGAUUCAGCCCACCUCGGACCCUAAGGCUUGGAUGCUUUGCAUGUUCGAGCGUCAUGAGCCGCCUGAUGACAAGUUCAGCCAAGGGGCACAUCAACUUCUAAAGCACUUUAUAAAAUGGCUACCAUGGUCCGAGCUCGCGCAAGAGCCCUUCGUCUUGACACAUCCUGACUUUAACUUUCAGAAUAUCUUAGUUUCUGAUGAAGGAAAGGUCUGUGCAUUGAUUGAUUGGGAAGGUGUCUCCACUGUGCCAAGAUUCCUCGGUAACGAGAGAUACCCGGGAUGGCUUACUCGCGAUUGGGAUCCUAUGAACUACGGUUAUGGAAUGGAGGAAUGCUUUGUUCAGGAGAAUUCGCCAGAGGAACUUUCCCAUUAUCGAGACAUAUAUCGAGACAUGGUUAAGUCUGCCAUUGCAGAAGCAGAAGCAGAAGCUGAUGCAAAUUGCAUUGCUCUAUCUAAGCGCAAUCUACACCGACACUUACCAGUCUUGGAGAGUCUUUCAAUUGCUGCUGAUCAACCGAUUAACCUGCCUGAAAUUGUGCAAAAGCUGUUCACCGAAGUGUCCAAGCAAGAGGGGUUUCCUGAGGACCUUGAGCUGUGGGAGGUUUGUUUUGGACUAGCUGAUGAUGACCUUGAGGAUGAACAAUUGGAAUCGGUCCGGCGCGGCUUUGAAAAAUUCCUUCAAUCAGCACAGUAG